AUCAAUUUGCAAGAGUGCAAAAGUGUUUGAUAAAUCAAAAUUUCCAAUCCGCUAAAUGCAAGAUAAGGAAUCGUUAAUGUCUUUCUCUACAAGGAACUAAAGAUGUCAUAUUGUAUGAGCAAAAUAUGAAGAGCCAUCACAAUGCUGAUAUCGUGGAGUCGCGGGGCCUUUGCAUGAGCCUACAACAGGAUGAAAGGAUCCGGAUAAAGAGAGAGAGGGGGUACAAGGGCAUACAACGAGCUCCCCUUCCCACCCAGCAGUGGUUAGGCAUUUUAGAACAUAAAUAAUUGCCCGUUUCACCGAUCGGGACGAUUUUUUACCCCAAGCAUCCGCUCCAGCGCACAAAAACGGGCUGCGGCGAGAUAUUUUGCGGAACAGAUCCGUUUUGUGCCCUUGAGGGUAGUUUGUCUCAAGAAUUUUAUAUCAAAUCUCGCACAAGUUCCAACGAAAAGCAAAUACGACCUAAGCAACCUCGUUUUCUGCAUCAAAUAAAAUCUGGUUAAUUACUAAAGAAGAAGAAUGCUCUCAUACCGGAAAAGAUUGUAUUUCUGAAGAGAUAGUGUCAUCCGACUAUGAUAGCCGAAUCGGGUUGAGUGCUCACCUGUUUGCCUUUAAUGAAUGCUAACUGAGGCAGUUUGAGUUUUUACGGAGUUGCAAGUUGGAUUAACCAAUGAGACAACGUGACAAGACGCACACAAAUAAUAACAUCUGGCCUCAAAAGCUGAAUUCAUAAACCCUUGUCUACUCGUCAAAGAUAUACAAAUCAUCUCGUGUGACGGUAGAUACGCCAUCGACUACCAUGCCCUUUUUAAUGCACGGCCGAGGAUUUCCUGGCGCCUAACCGGAUAAAAAAUGUUUUGCCAGAAGAAGCGAAUAGAAAUCAUGCCUCAAGUAGUGGAUACAACGCAAAAGAGAAUCACGCUAAAUGUUGGUGGUCAAAAGCAUGAGACAUACUUGAGUACCAUAAGAAAUUAUCCGGAUACAAGGCUUUACUGGGUGGUCGAAAACGUGACGAAGGCAAUAGACUACCACUCGGAAAAAAUCGAGCUCUUUUUCGACAGGCACCCGAAGAUAUUUGACCAAGUUUUGAACUACUACCGGACGGGAAAACUCCACUGUCCAAAUGAUGUAUGCGGACCGUUAUUCGAAGAGGAGUUGGCUUACUGGGGAAUUGAUGAGAAAGAAAUGGAACCAUGUUGUUGGACCACUUACACGCAGCACCGCGAAGCUGAACACAACCUGAAGAGCUUUAAUGUUACGGACUUUAGCACCGACAUUGAUAGCGACCGACAAGAAGAAACAGAAACUACGAGCAAAGCCAAGGGACUGCAUCCCUUUUGGGUAAAGUAUCAACCAAGAAUAUGGGCUAUUUUAGAAGAACCGAGAUCUUCGCGAACAGCCAAGGCGUUCUGGAUCUUAUCCGUCCUACUGAUUGUGCUCUCUGUAGCUACUGCGUGCGCCAUCACUCUGCCACAGUUCGCGACAGAGGGUGGAAGUGUGAGCAGCGAGUCGUCCGCGUACGUCGCCUUCACAGUCAUCGAGUACAUCUGCGGGGUAUGGUUCACUAUAGAACUCGGGCUACGCCUUUUGUUCUGUCCAAACAAACGGACAUUUUUCAAGAGUUACUCGUUCUGGGUUGACGUGCUAUCCGUCAUACCUUUCUAUGUUCGUCUGAUAUUCCCGCACGAGCACGACCUUGCGGACGCUCUUCAGGUCAUCCGUCUGCUCAGGUUGUUCAGGUUUUUUCGACUUCUGUACGGGCUCCAGGUGAUAAUGCAUACUUUGAAGGCAAGCUCGUAUGAGUUGUUCCUGCUCCUGUUGAUUCUACUCAUUCCCGUGGUUUUGUUCUCAUCAAUUAUUUAUUACGUGGAGAAAAACAUUGAUGGGAAGACCACAAAGUUUCGCUCCAUCCCAGAGUCGUUUUGGUGGUCACUCAUUACCAUGACAACAGUGGGUUACGGCGACAUGACGCCUCGAACGUGGGAAGGGAAGAUCAUCGGCGGAGCAUGCGCAAUAUUCGGGGUACUCAUGGUGGCUUUGCCUAUAUCUGUCAUCGGUAGCAAUUUUAGUCUUUACUACGCGCACGCGCAGGCGAGACUUAAGCUUCCAAAGAAGAAAACAAAGAUUCAUUUCGAUACCUUGGCGACCGCUAUGCCUAGGCAGGGUCUGCAUCGCAGGCGCGCCGUGCGGCGGAGAAGUCCUGGGAGCUCGAGUGCGUGUGAUCAGGAUGGACUCAGCUUGCGCAGUAGAAACAACAGCACAACAAGGCAAAAUAAUUUGGAUGUGCGGAGCUGGAGUAUGUCUAGUAAUAAAUCUGUCCCGGAGAAAGAGAUGACUGAGAUAAGACCACCCUCUGCUAAAGCAGCGGCAAUCAGGCGCGCUGAGCGGAGAGUCAGCCGUAACGAGCGCUCGCCGCCUAAACUUGGAGAUCUUAUUGAACAUGAAAAUGAAGAUGCAUUUUCUCCUUCGCCUAACAGUAGCCUUUUACAGCCGCGACUUAGUCUUAGCGUGCCGAGACCCAACUGGGAUAAUAGAUAUGAAAAUCAGUCUAUGUGGCUAGCCCCUGAUGAUCGCACCUUACGAUCGCGCUCACACAGUAUGCCAUCUAAUGCGCAAAGACCGCCGCUACUAAACGCGCCACGGAACUCCUACUCGCCCAGCGCUGCGAGCACAUGCGUAAGAUGCUCUCUACCUGUCGAUGACGGCGAUACGAGCAUUACAUCCGGCAUGUCCAAUGAAACGUGUCAGUGCCAGAACAAACAAGGUCGCCAUAGCAACCGCGGCUCGGCAACGUUCACUGUACUCGUCCCUAGUACAGAGGGAAUAAACUACGACAGUAUGAUACAAAUUAGUACGGAGAAUAUCCCCACGUUUACUAAAGAAAUGCCAUGCCUGGGGACGUCUCCCGUGCAGUUAGAGUUCUACUCCGAGAGACCUUUCGGUAUUCAGAGCGAGUACAAGGAUUCGUAUGUAGACUCAUUCCACCAAGAGUGCCCUUUAGUGAGCAGUGACGAAAGCGAGGCAGAGGUGGAGUAUUUCAAGGAGAGGCAAAAUAGUAAACAAUCGGACAGCUCUGUGCCGCUAAUACCCUAUGAUAAUAAUAACAGCAAGGGGACACAAGAUAAGAGAGAGUUCGAAACUACCUUAUGACAAUUGUAGGUAAAGACAAUGAGCGACUGAGUCUACAAAAAUACCUUAGAUACAAAAGCAAGCGCGGGGUGCACGGGGCGCGUACACAUGAAGUGUGGUGCGCCCAUUCCAACAAGUGACAACAAGUGACAGACGAGGCGAUGAGCUACAUAGGAAAUAUGGAAGCAUAGGAAACAAUAAGGCGAGAAGAGAAUAGAACAAGAGGUUUGGUCUUUCCUUGGCUCUUGCUUGUUACUUCUUAUUCCACCUAAAGGUGUGAGGAUAUAAAUUUUGGAUACGAAGAAAGUGAAAUAAUUUAUGGAGUUCAUUCAUUGGGACGCUCUACUGUAGGAAAGUAUGGAGAUAAUAAAAGUUGACAUACCAUACUUAUCUCAAAAUAAGCUCAAUUAAAGAAUAGCUAAGAAAUGUUGAGAAAUGUGAAGUUGCUUUUAUUAUCUAUUGGUUUUAGUGAAAGGCACGUGUUUUAUUUAAAAAGGUCAAGUCAAUUAGUAAAUAUAUCCAUAAAGAUGUGUUUUCAUUAAAAAGGCGCUCAAUUCUCCACUAUAUACCUAAAGUUUUCUAUUGAAACCAAAUAUCCAAAGUUGUAUAUAAAAUUUGUAUAGACCACGAUUCAACGUUGUUGUCUGCUGGUGACUUUUUCGCGCUCUUUUUACAAUAAAACACUCCCACGUGAUGG